GGUAAGUCCUUAUGGCUUAAAUGGCACGCUAACAGGCCAGGCAUACAAGAUGUCAGACCCAGCCACCCGUAAGCUGAUCGAGGAAUGGCAGUAUUUCUAUCCCAUGGUGCUGAAAAAGAAAGAAGAAUUGAAAGAGGAAGAGGAGUUGGGAUACAACGAUGAUUUCCCUGUGGCUGUCGAAGUAAUUGUUGGUGGUGUUCGGAUGGUUUAUCCUUCGGCAUUUGUUUUGAUCUCUCAGAAUGACAUCCCAGUUCCUCAGAGUGUUGCUGGUGCUGGAGGCCAUAUUACAGUGGGGCAGCAGGGACUUGGUAGUGUGAAGGACCCAAGUAACUGUGGGAUGCCACUUACCCCUCCCACUUCUCCAGAACAGGCCAUCAUAGGGGACAGUGGAGGUACGCAGAGUGCUGUCAGUCACCUAGGCUCCCAAGACGGGGGGAUGAUAACUAUGCACAGUCCAAAGAGAUCGGGGAAGAUUCCUCCAAAACUCCACAAUCAUAUGGUCCAUCGAGUCUGGAAGGAAUGCAUCCUCAACAGAACCCAGUCCAAGAGGAGCCAAAUGUCAACUCCAACUCUUGAAGAAGAGCCUGCUAAUAAUCCUGCUACUUGGGAUUUUGUGGAUCCAACCCAAAGAGUCAGCUGUUCCUGUUCUAGGCAUAAACUUUUAAAACGUUGUGCAGUAGGACCCAAUCGACCUCCCGCAAUAUCUCAACCAGGGUUCAGUGCAGGACCAUCAUCAUCAUCUUCUUUACCACCUCCUGCGUCUAAGCACAAAACAACAGAAAGACCAGAAAAGGGAGACAAAUUGCAAAAGAGACCCUUGAUACCAUUUCACCAUAGGCCCUCUGUGGCUGACGAGUUCUGUGUGGAGCAGGACACACCAGGACAGAAGCUAGGAUUGGGAGGGAUAGACUCCUCCUUAGAGGUGUCUAGCAGUAGGAAGUAUGAUAAACAAAUGGCCGUGCCUUCCAGAAAUACAAGCAAGCAAAUGAAUCUGAAUCCUAUGGAUUCACCUCAUUCCCCUAUUUCCCCUCUGCCGCCAACACUCAGCCCUCAACCGCGAGGUCAGGAAACAGAGAGUUUGGAUCCGCCAUCUGUUCCUGUGAACCCAGCCCUCUAUGGAAAUGGGCUAGAACUCCAGCAGUUGUCGACUCUGGAUGACAGAACUGUCCUCGUAGGCCAAAGACUGCCUCUGAUGGCAGAGGUCAGCGAGACAGCCUUAUAUUGUGGGGUUAGGCCCUCGAACCCUGAGUCAUCAGACAAGUGGUGGCACAGUUAUCGCCUCCCCCGCAUUGAUGAUGCUGAGUUCCGGCCCCCAGAGCUCCAGGGUGACAGAUGUGAUGCCAAAAUGGAGGUAAACUCAGAGAGCACUGCGUUGCAAAGACUCUUAGCACAACCUAACAAACGGUUUAAAAUCUGGCAAGAAAAGCAGCCCCAGAUGCAGCCACUCCACUUCCUUGACCCAUUGCCUCUAGCUCAACAACCUGGAGACAGUUUGGGAGAAGUCAAUGAUCCAUAUACCUUUGAGGAUGGCGACAUAAAAUACAUCUUUACAGCAAACAAGAAAUGCAAACAAGGGACGGAGAAGGAUUCCCUGAAAAAGAAUAAGUCAGAGGAUGGAUUUGGUACCAAGGAUGUCACUACACCAGGUCAUUCCACGCCGGUGCCUGAUGGGAAAAAUGCCAUGUCUAUUUUCAGUUCUGCUACUAAAACAGAUGUCCGGCAGGAUAAUGCUGCUGGCAGAGCUGGCUCCAGUAGCCUUACACAGGUGACAGAUCUGGCACCUUCCCUGCAUGACUUAGACAACAUCUUUGAUAAUUCCGAUGAUGACGAACUUGGGGCUGUGUCACCUGCACUGCGUUCAUCAAAAAUGCCUACAGUUGGGGCAGAAGACCGACCUCUUGGGAAGGAUGGAAGAGCUGCUGUUCCUUAUCCACCAACAGUUGCAGACUUGCAAAGGAUGUUCCCCACUCCUCCUUCCUUGGAACAGCACCCUGCAUUUUCUCCUGUAAUGAAUUAUAAAGAUGGAAUCAGUUCAGAGACAGUGACAGCAUUAGGCAUGAUGGAGAGCCCUAUGGUCAGUAUGGUUUCAACACAGCUCACUGAAUUCAAAAUGGAAGUAGAAGAUGGAUUAGGAAGUCCUAAACCAGAGGAAGUAAAGGACUUCUCAUAUGUGCACAAAGCUCCCACCUUCCAGCCUUUCGUGGGGUCUUCCACGUUUGCUCCGCUGAAGAUGUUGCCGAGCCAGUGCCUGCUACCUCUGAAGAUACCUGAUGCCUGUUUGUUUCGGCCUUCAUGGGCAAUCCCUCCUAAAAUCGAACAACUGCCCAUGCCACCUGCAGCCAUUUUCAAUCGAGAUGGCUACAAUAACGUGCCUAGUGUCGGGAGCCUAGCAGAUCCGGACUAUCUGAAUACACCACAGAUGAACACACCAGUGACGUUGAACAGCGCUGCCCCAGCCAGCAACAGUGGAGCAGGAGUUUUGCCAUCUCCAGCAACCCCUCGCUUCUCUGUCCCCACACCACGAACCCCCAGGACCCCAAGAACUCCCAGAGGUGGGGGCACUGCCAGUGGGCAAGGGUCGGUUAAAUAUGAUAGCACCGAUCAGGGGUCACCAGCCUCUACCCCCUCUACCACGCGGCCCCUUAACUCUGUGGAGCCUGCCACCAUGCAGCCAAUUCCUGAAGCCCACAGUCUCUACGUCACCUUGAUUCUCUCCGAUUCUGUGAUGAAUAUCUUUAAAGACAGGAACUUUGACAGCUGUUGCAUCUGUGCCUGCAACAUGAACAUCAAAGGGGCGGACGUUGGGCUUUACAUCCCCGAUUCUUCCAACGAGGACCAGUAUCGCUGUACCUGUGGGUUCAGUGCGAUUAUGAAUCGCAGGCUUGGCUACAAUUCAGGACUCUUCCUGGAAGAUGAGUUGGAUAUUUUUGGGAAGAAUUCUGAUAUUGGUCAGGCUGCGGAGAGGCGUUUAAUGAUGUGUCAGACUACCUUCCUUCCUCAGAUGGAGGGAGCCCGAAAGUCCCAGGAGCCACCUAUAAGCCUUCUCCUCCUCCUCCAGAAUCAACACACACAACCUUUUGCGUCACUGAGUUUCCUGGACUACAUUUCCUCUAACAGUCGCCAGACUCUUCCCUGUGUAAGCUGGAGUUACGACCGGGUGCAGGCAGAUAAUAAUGAUUACUGGACGGAAUGCUUUAAUGCCUUGGAGCAGGGCCGACAGUAUGUGGAUAAUCCCACGGGUGGAAAAGUGGAUGAAGCUCUGGUGAGAAGUGCCACUGUGCACUCUUGGCCUCAUAGCAACGUGCUAGACAUCAGCAUGCUCUCCUCCCAGGAUGUGGUCCGCAUGCUGUUGUCGCUGCAGCCCUUUCUCCAAGAUGCCAUCCAAAAGAAGCGCACGGGCAGGACCUGGGAGAACAUCCAGCAUGUGCAGGGACCGCUAACCUGGCAGCAGUUCCACAAAAUGGCAGGACGGGGAACCUAUGGUUCAGAAGAGUCUCCUGAGCCAUUGCCCAUUCCCACUCUGCUGGUAGGCUGUGACAAAGACUUCCUCACCAUCUCACCAUUCUCUUUGCCAUUUUGGGAGAGGCUAUUGUUGGACCCAUAUGGGGGCCACCGUGAUGUUGCCUAUAUUGUGGUGUGUCCAGAAAAUGAGGCCUUGCUCGAAGGAGCCAAAACUUUCUUCAGGGACUUGAGCGCUGUAUAUGAGAUGUGUAGGCUUGGGCAGCACAAGCCCAUCUGCAAAGUGCUAAGAGAUGGGAUCAUGCGCGUGGGAAAGACCGUGGCACAGAAGCUGACUGACGAGCUUGUGAGCGAGUGGUUCAACCAGCCGUGGAGCAGUGAGGAGAAUGACAAUCAUUCCAGACUCAAACUUUAUGCGCAAGUUUGCCGCCAUCACCUAGCACCUUAUCUAGCCACUCUGCAGCUCGACAGCAGCCUGUUGAUACCACCUAAGUACCAGUCCCCACCAGCAGCAGCACAGGGACAAGCUACACCUGGGAACACAGGGCCACUAGCUUCAAAUUCAGGAUCAGCAGCGCCCUCGGCUGGCAGUGCAUUCAAUCCCACCUCUAACAGCACUUCUGGGAACCCUGCGGCAAGUAGCUCCGCAUCUGGUUCCUCUGUGCCACCCGUCUCGUCCUCUGCCCCUGCUGCCGUUGUUAACCAGGCCAGCACUACCUCUUCUUCAGGGUUCAGUGCUAGUGUUGGAGGGCAGAACCCCAGCACUGGGGCCAGUUCCGCAGACAGAACGCAAGGGAACAUGGGCUGUGGUGGAGACACUGAGCCUGGGCAGAGCUCCUCUCAGUCCUCGCAGGAUGGACAAGAAAGUGUCACAGAACGAGAGAGAAUAGGAAUUCCCACUGAGCCUGACUCUGCAGACAGCCAGGCCUAUCCUCCAGCUGUUGUCAUUUACAUGGUGGACCCCUUCACUUACACUGCAGAUGAAGACUCUACUUCCGGAAACUUUUGGCUGUUGAGUUUGAUGCGCUGCUACACAGAGAUGCUGGAUAAUUUACCUGAGCAUAUGAGAAAUUCUUUCAUUCUCCAGAUUGUGCCUUGCCAGUACAUGCUGCAGACAAUGAAGGACGAACAAGUUUUCUACAUUCAAUACUUGAAGUCCAUGGCAUUUUCAGUGUACUGCCAGUGCCGGCGACCUCUGCCCACACAGAUCCACAUUAAGUCCCUCACAGGAUUCGGGCCUGCCGCCAGCAUCGAGAUGACCCUCAAGAACCCAGAGCGACCCAGCCCAAUCCAGCUUUAUUCCCCUCCUUUUAUAUUGGCCCCAAUCAAAGACAAGCAGACGGAGCUGGGAGAGACAUUUGGAGAGGCGAGCCAGAAAUACAACGUGCUCUUUGUGGGCUACUGUCUGUCUCAUGACCAGCGCUGGCUUUUGGCUUCCUGCACUGACCUCCAUGGGGAAUUAUUAGAAACUUGUAUUGUAAAUAUUGCUUUACCAAACAGAUCACGGAGGAGUAAAGUAUCUGCACGUAAAAUUGGACUACAGAAGUUAUGGGAGUGGUGCAUAGGUAUUGUCCAAAUGACAUCUCUACCCUGGAGAGUUGUAAUCGGCCGACUUGGGCGGCUUGGCCAUGGGGAGCUUAAAGAUUGGAGUAUCCUCCUUGGAGAAUGUUCACUACAGACAAUCAGCAAACGGCUCAAGGACGUGUGCCGGAUGUGUGGGAUCUCUGCCGCAGACUCUCCUUCAAUCCUUAGUGCCUGCCUGGUUGCCAUGGAGCCCCAGGGGUCCUUCGUAGUGAUGCCAGAUGCCGUCACGAUGGGCUCUGUUUUUGGCCGAAGUACCGCUCUGAACAUGCAGUCAUCUCAGCUGAACACCCCUCAAGAUGCUUCCUGUACGCACAUCUUGGUGUUCCCAACAUCAUCAACCAUCCAGGUGGCUCCAGCCAACUAUCCCAAUGAAGAUGGGUUUAGCCCCAAUAAUGAUGACAUGUUUGUUGACCUUCCAUUCCCAGAUGAUAUGGACAAUGAUAUUGGCAUAUUAAUGACUGGGAACCUCCAUUCCUCUCCCAACUCCUCCCCAGUUCCUUCCCCAGGCUCUCCUUCUGGAAUUGGUGUGGGCUCUCACUUCCAGCACAGUCGGAGUCAGGGCGAACGUCUUCUCUCUAGAGAGGCACCUGAGGAGCUAAAGCAGCAGCCUCUGGCCCUCGGGUAUUUUGUAUCAACUGCCAAAGCGGAGAAUCUCCCGCAGUGGUUUUGGUCAUCGUGUCCGCAGGCUCAGAACCAGUGCCCCCUCUUCCUAAAGGCUUCGCUGCAUCACCACAUUUCUGUAGCACAGACGGACGAACUUCUCCCUGCCAGGAAUUCUCAGCGGGUUCCACAUCCUCUUGACUCCAAAACCACAUCUGAUGUUUUAAGGUUUGUUUUGGAGCAGUACAACGCUCUGUCCUGGCUCACGUGCAAUCCGGCCACCCAGGACCGCACCUCCUGCCUUCCCGUCCACUUUGUGGUGCUCACUCAGUUGUACAACGCCAUCAUGAAUAUACUUUAAUUGGAAAAGCACUUGUUCUCUCUGGCUCAGUUCCUCCUUCUUGCAGCCUCAUCCGAGGAGCCUGCUCCACUCUGCAAAUGCCCCACGUCCUCUUCUUGAGACCACGCUCUACAAUCCUGCACUGUGAUUACUCCUCUGCAGUGCUCAUUACCAGAGGGAUUCACUGACACUUCUCUCGUGGACCUGGAGACUUCCAUAAGCAGUGACUUUUAGCCAGGGUUAUGGUGUGUGCAGCCCCAAACCACUGGUCCACAGGAAGUUUUUUUGUUGUUGGUUUUUAAGAGGGAAACAGAAGAGACAGUAUCCUUUUGCACAAGAGUCUGUGUUUCCAGUCUCUGUUUAAAAACAAGGGCAGUUUAGCCCUUUUGGAUGAAAUCCUCUAGUUAUUGGUGUAUGGCCUGUGGGUUAACCGAACUCCAUAAUCUGGGACUUUUUAAAGAUAAGAACCAGGUCAAGUAUAUGACUUCAUAAUGGGGUUUCUGUCUCCCUAGUGCUCCCAUCUAGAUCGGCAUGAAUGCUUUGGUUGACUUCAUACCUGUGUGUAGAUACAAAAGGUCUGGAGGCAUCUUCAUUUUGUUUAUUUAUUUUAAGUUGUUUUGUCAUGUUUUUUGUGACUUUUUAAUUUUUUUUUUUUUAAUCCAUGAGGACCAGGUACAGUAGCUGAAACCCAACUCAGAUCCACCAUAGGAUUCUUUGACUACAUACCUCUGUCCUAGAAGCCGGAAAAGGAGUGAAAACAGAUUGGGGAGAUAUGCCUAAAAAGUAAUAUAUUCAAAACCACCCAGCAGUAGGCUUUACUAAGAACAAACUGGGUAAACAUUCUGCCAUGUUUCUUAUUAAAAGUGGCCAGCGUUUCAUGAAGGAUAACAUUUUUAUACAGAAGGCAGUCAAGCUCAACCCAGAGCCAUGGAGGCAAGUACCUUCAUUAGUUUUAUAUAGUCACAACGGAAAUAUAUUUUCUAGUGAAUUCUUACUGAAAGCCAGGUCUCUCCUCUCAUUAGCUCAAAAGGGACUCAUGUACAUAUCAUAAUUGAAAGUGUUUGCUCAUAAAAUCAGUUAUAAAUAUGGUGACUUUUUUCUGGACCAUAGGAAUAUUAUUUCAAAGAAAUAUUACAACUUAACCAUUAAAUUAGUACUUGAAGUUGAGCCUUUGUGGUGGGACUUUUUUUAAAAAAAAAAAAAUAAUGCCUUUUUAAAGCAUUAAUGGCUAAUUGAAGUAUUUUAUGACUCCUCAUUCCAGGCCCAAGAGGGUUGUCUUUAAGACCCCGUUUCUGACCCUGAUGUCGCAGCGUAUUUCUGUCUGAGGGCAGUGGGCGUGGGCUUGCCUCCCGCAAGCCACUCUGGUCAGGCUGUUAAGCUCUAGUCAUCUGUGGAGAGAAUCAUGCAAAUUUUAAAGUUCUUCCAAGAGACUUCCAUAUCCUGGUUAUUAACAAAAAACAAAACAAAACAAAAAAAAAAAACAAAAAAAAGGAAAAAUGUAAUAACUGAUAUGAUUUUGUAAAAGUAUUUUUCUUGAAAUAAUCUAACGUUUAAAACAUUAUAUUAAAAAAAGUUGUGUGGUGGGAAUAUGUAAGCAGAGAAGUAACUUGUAAAUGGAUAAUUUUAUUCUCUGUGCCACCAAUGGGGGGGGGUGACUUUCGCAAUGUAUAGGUUAAAAAAAUCUGAUAUAUCACACCAUUUGUAUCUAAUAUGUACAGUGUAAAAUUGACUUUAAAAAUAUUGCAGUGCUAUUUUUUCUUAAUCAGAAAGGAAAAUUCUCAAGGCCUUUUGAAGAGCAUAAGAUGAUGAAGAUUGUAAACUUGUAUAAAGUUAUCUUGGUGAGAAGACAAAUUGUAAAGUAGAUAUUUGUAAUCUUUUACCACUUUGGGGUUGCUUUUUUUCCCAGAAUUCAUCAGAACUUUGAAUUUUUUUUUUAAUAUGGGCUGUUUUUAAUGCAGGGGCUUUUCUUCCCUAGAAACCCAAUUCUAAGCAAAAAAAGAAAAAAAAACACAAAAAACAAAAACCCCUACAAAAAUUAAAAAAAAAAAAGGCAGCAAAGGGUAGUUUUCAUCUGGUGUCUUUUAUUUAAGUUUUUUAAGUUAAGAAAAGCUGGUGACAUAUUUAUACGUUUUUGUGCAAAAAUAAAUGAAUGGCAAUAGAUUUUAAAAAAUCUUAUUAUGUACUUCUGUGUGAAAAAGUCUGUAUAAUAUUUCCCUUAAAUAUGCAUUAUUUUACUUGUGAGUUUUUUACUGAAUUAAUCUGAAAUGUACAAGCCCUGGAUUUGCUACAGAGUGAGAAGUUAUUUUAUUUUUUUUUUUUAUUUUUAAUUUUGGAAAUUCUGCAGAAAUCAGAACUCUUACCAUGGUUUGAACUAAAAAGGGGAAGCGGGGAAGGGAGAGGGUGGGAUUGUGCAGCAUGCUUGUAUGUAUAUUUCAGAACCUUUUUUAAAUGUAAAAGCUGUACAUUUCUGGGAAGUUCUGAAUUUCUUUUGUUUCCUUUUUUCCUUCAAGCAUUUUGCAGUGAGCUUCUUUUAUAUAUAGCAAACAAUUUGAAAGAAUACAAAAAUAUGUGAAGUUCAUUUAAAACUACAGUAUAGCGCUGGUACAGUACACUAAAGACUUUGAUAAAAAGAAACAAUACUAAAAGGCCUCCAUUUUAAAUGUCAUUCAUAUAUACCUUGUGAAUGAGAGCUAUAUACUUUUACACACUUUUUUAGAGGAAUAAAUUAUUGAAUUACUGAAACUUUGAGUGGCUUUUUUCCCCUCCCAUCCUGUCUUUGUAACAAAAUGAUCCACACCUGUUCAGAAGGUGUAUGUGUAAUGGAUUGAACAUUCCUUGGCUAGGAGCCAGGCUCUACCUUCCAGAGUAAGAUGGACGUAGGACUUUACUGCGGUAACCCCCCCUAACCAACAGUUGUUCUCAGAUGGUGUUCUCAUACUCCAGGGUAUUACUGCAUUCCUACAUUCGUGUUGAGAGCCUACAUACACGAUGUUGAAGUAGGAGCCCUGGUGGUUAGUUCUGUAACUGUUCGGAGUAGAUCAGAUCUGUGACCCACAGAUGAUGGUCAAUCCUAGAACAAAUUAUAAGUCUGUUUUCCACUUCCUUUCUCUUCACGAUCUGGGCCAGUUUCUCUUUGAUAUUCCUUAGAAAUAGCAGAUCUCUCUUUGCUCUCUGCCCUGUUCACAGGCUGGUGACAGUAGAAUGCUAUCUAAUCCAGCAGGUGCAUGCAGGGCGCUGGUUGACUGCACAGCCGCCACUGUGUCCUCCUUCUUGGGUCCAUCCACUAGGGAGAACCACAGGCUCUCAGGGGCAGAAUCUUGCUCAAAUGGGAGACCCCAGGACUUGGCAGAGCUUACAAAGUUUGACUAAAUGUUGAAAGAGCUUGCUUUUAACCUUCCUCCAUCCAUUUAGAAAUAGCAUUGUUCUGAAUUUAACAUUGUUAGAGCCUAGAGGGAAAGCUGCUGAGACUGCUCGGCCUCUGUUACUUUAUCUGCCAACGAAGGACGGGCGUGAGUCUGAGAAAUACUUUGCAAAUGGCAAUGCUGUGACCAUGUUAUUGUAGUUGUACCAUUGAAGAAGGUGGACAGCGAGGCCACGUUUCGGUUAGAAGACCACUCCCGUCUCUGCCUCCCCAGUCACCACGGCACAGUUUGUAAUGCUGCUGGCCAAAAGCAUUAUAAAAGAACCACACACGCCCCAGAUCCAUUGUAAUCAGGUCAGUCCAGUGAUACCUGUGUCCCCUUAAUAAGCAGAAUUAGAUGAUAAUUUUUACAAGCGUUCAUUAGCUUAGAUACUUAACUCCUACAUUGGGUGGGACUUGAUCCAGUAGUUUGUGAAUGUUGUUUUCAUAACCACUGGCUGCACCAAUUUGGCAACCGCAGCCAAACCUCUUUGAGGCAGGAAAAGUUAUUUGUUGAGUGCAUUUAGACAUUUUGCAAAUCAGGUGAAGAAAAAUCUGACCGGCGCUCAGGAACCAUCAGCCUCCAGCCAUUUGCUUUGCUCCAAUUCCACGCCACUUCCUGUUCCCACUGUUCAGGAAGGUGUGGGGGAGGAUUUGUUCCCAACAGUUAUCAAAGAGCUAAAAAAAUACAUUUUUUUGGGUAAAAAGUGCAAUUUGUCAGUAGAAGAUUUUAAAAGCAGACUUCUCAUAAGACUGCUGAAGCAGAAGCCACAUACUGAAACUUGUCCUUGCCACUUGUCCUUAACAAAACACAAGCCAUGACGUAAAGAACAUAUUUUUUUCACUUUUGAAUCUACCACAUGCUAAAAUCCGAUCAAAAUGCAAUUUUAAUGUAUCGCCAUGUUAUCUUGUUGUUAAACGAUUUGCUUGUUUACAUCCCCUUGACAACAAGUUCACUUCGACAGUAAUUACUUAAUGCCAUUAAUACCUAACGAGACACCAUUAGAAAAUUCUGUUGUGCCGGGUCACUGUGUGGUUGUAACGAAUGCCCUGGGCAUCUUACUCUACUUGGAACCAGACCUACCAGUCCUCUGCUACUGCAAUUGAAAAUUUCAGUUCAAGUUUAAAAAAAAAAAAAUAUUUUUUUGACCCUUCCUGCUUCUGCCUAAACUCCAAAGUAAUGAAGCAGAUAAGAAAUAGAAGUUGAUGAGGAAGAAAGUUUAAUCUCCAGGAUGGAGCUUGGGUAAGACUGAAGUAUUGAUUUUUCUCUGUAAAAGGUUAUUUCCUCAAUAAACAUUAGUUACCAGGAAGGCACAGACAACAUGAGGGUCAGUGUCACUUUUUUUUUUAAACAAGCAGGGGAGUGAGAAAAAGCACAUGUUUUGUUUUAAUCAUCUACUAAAAUCUGCAUUUGUCUGGGCUGUUACUCCAUGCUGUUCACUUCUAGGCGUCAAAGCAAAUCUGUCUUAAGAGCAAUUAGUAUCACCCCCUACUCAGAACAGGCAGACCACGUACAAAUGAGCCGCACGUGGUGUGUCCUGCCUGCUGCUGCCUAUUUUAUGCCUUCAUUGCCCUGUUAGUAGAUACGGCACAUUGCCAUCUACCUGUUUCAGAAAGCCGGACAACCUUCAGGAAAAUCAGCCACACCAGAGCUAAGAGGAGAAGGCUAACACAAGGCAAAGUGUGUGCUCUGGGGGAAAAUCAGUUUAAUUUAACCUAUAAAAUAGUGCUUGUCUUAUUUAAUUUGAGCUUGAAUAUCUUUCAGUAAACAUUUUGUCAGUUAGCUUCUCUCUUUUAAAUCUUUGUUCACUUAGAGGUCUUGAGGUUCUUAGUAAAUUUAUAUGCCUUGUUUACAUAAAUAACUUCCUGUCUACUGUCAUGCAUGUGAGUUCUCAUUCUGGAAGAAAUAAUGGUCACAUAUACACAUGUACACCAAUUUUUGUUCCUGUUGAUAGAUCUCUCCACAAAGCUUAGAGAGGUUAUUUCCCUUGUCAGGUCUAGGGAGGUCAGGUGUGCCUCCCAGGAUGAAACUGAUGACCUUCUAGUCAGUUUUUUGGGACACAGGAGCAUUGACCUUACAUGACAACUGUGUUGGGCUGAGAGUAGGCACCCAGGAAACGUUAGCCAAACACAGACUCUUGAAAGAGUGGAAUCCACCUCAAAAAUUGGAAAUAAUUUAGAAGCAAAUUCACCACAUCUCGCUGCCUUUUUGGAGAGCAGAAAAUAUAUAUAUUAGAAAAUGCAGGAAUUUUUUUUUUUGGUGGUUGAUUUAGGUUUUCUAUUUCCUCUGUCAAUUUUGGUAAUUUGGAUUUUUAUAGGGGAAAAAAAUUGAGUUUUCCUAAUGUAUUAGUAUGCAAUUGUGCAGAGUACUCCCUUAAUCCUGAAUGUGUUAUUUUUGGUCACAUAUGUUCCUUCUCAUUUCUAACAAUAUUGACGCAGUUUCUUUCCUUGAUUUAUUUUCUAGCAGGGUGCUGUUUCUUUGUUUUAAUUUUUUCCCAAAGAAACAGCUCAUGGAUUUAACAAUUCUGCUGUUUUUAUCCUGGCUUUUAUCUUGCUGUUCCUUUUCCCAGUUUCCUUAAGGGUUUGUUUCAUUUUCCUUGAAUCUUAAUUGCCUGCUUAGUUAAUUUAUUUUCACUUUUGAUGACACAGGCAUUUAGAGCCCGGGGCCUUCUGGAUGCAGGUGGCCCUGCUCAGAUGAUACACAUAAGUCUUCAUGUGAGUGCCUUUGUCUAGGGAGAGGGUCUGUUGCAUCCCCUUCUCAGAGGUGUCUGACUCGAAAGGGGUAAAAUGACUGAUCCGGGACUGUGGUAAAACGGAUUACAUCCUGCAGGUGUUGAUGUUUUAGCAUUUCAUUCUUAUUUUUAGACUUUUAGUUCUUCAUUUCCUUUUUUUUUAAUAAAGGAAAGUUCCCUUCGAAUUUAAAGUCUCUUGGACUCUAAUUUUCUCUUACUACAAUGUGAUCUAGUUUUGAUCGGUUCUUGCAAACAUUCUCUGGAACCUUCAGAACAAGGUGUGUCCUGUUGGGCAGUACUGUCCCAUAGAAAUACGAUGUGAGUCAGAAAUGUAAUUCUCUAUUUUAGUAGCCACAUAAAAAGGUAAAAAGGUGAGAUUAAUUUUAAUAAUAUAUCUCAUUUAACCUACUAUGUCCAGGUUCUUAUAUUUCAAUAUAAAAUCUUACAAGAAUUGUCAGAUAUUCAGCAUUUUUAUUUUUGCACUGAGUAUUCAAAAUCCAGUAUUUAUUGUACAUUUACAGCAUAUCUAAAUCUGGAAGCUAAAUUUUCGAUGGUUAAAGAGUAAAAUGUAGUUCUACCAAAUAAUAAAGUUGCAUUUAAUAGGAAAAAAAAAUUUUAUACCGCAUCCCUAUUUAUUAAAUUUUAAUUGAAUGUUAAUUAAAAUUAGUUCAAUUAACAUUCAAUUAAAAUUUAAAAAUUAGUUCCUCAGCCAGGCUUACUGCAUUUCAGAGUGUUAGACACAUAGGCAUCCUUCUGGAAGUGUGGCGCCAGGCAUUAAGAUUUGAAACCAAUUAAUUCUAUCUUGGGUGUAUUUUCUCUUUCUUCUACACCCCUGUCAAGACCUCAGACUCUGUCCUAGGUAGGUAGCAGGAGUUAAAAUUUCCCACGGCGAUUUUGGGCUGUCCUUUUUUCUUUUGUACUACGUUAUUGGUGCAUAAAGGUUUAUGAUGUAUUUUGUUACGUAAUUUAUCUCUGUAUCCUGACCCUUCCUAAUACUUUUUGCUUUAAAUUAUCUUUUGAUAUUAAUUUUGCCACUCCUGUUUCCUUUUAUUAGAAUCCUGGUGUUAUAUCUUUGACCAACCAUUUAUUUUGAACCUUUGUCAUUUUGUGUUAGGUGUUCUUCAUACACAUUGUUGCAUUUUAUUUCUUAACAGAAUAAUCAUUUCAUUUCAAUAGGGUGAUUUUUACCAUUUGCAUUUCCUGUUCUGUGUUAUAUUUUGACUUGUCAGCCAAUUCUUAUGAAAAUACACAUAUUUA